CAAUGCAGUUUCAAGAUCUGGUUCAAUGUUUAUUAUUUGAGAUUUUUGGUUCGAGCUUCGAAUGACUCGAUCAGCUGUCUGGCGAAAUAAAAGUUCGGCUUAUAACAGACUUUCUCGAGUAAACGAAAUAUUAUUUCAAGAAAAAGGCGAGAAGUGGAAACGUGGAGCUCAAUAAAAAGUGUUCGUGACAAAUCAAAGAUAAGCAGAAUUUUACACGAACGAAUUGCACGAGUUUUCUGAUCAAACAAAAUAACGAGAGUGAAAAAGAACAAAAGGCGAAAAUAUGGAGAAUGAUUUUAGGGUGGUCGUCAAGUGGAGUGGAAAAGAAUAUGAGAUCAGCGAUAUUCUUGAGAGUGAUACCGUCUAUGAUCUCAAGGAACGGAUUUAUAAGGAAACCGGCGUUCGUCCUGAACGACAAAAACUUCUGAAUCUCAAACUGAAAGGAAAAGCGGCGACGGACGAUGACACAAUUGGAAAACUGAGUGUAAAGUCAGGAUUCAAGUUGAUGUUGAUGGGAUCGCGAGAAGAGGACAUAGCCGAAGCGAGUCAAGCACCAGAAAACAUGCCAGAUGUGGUCAAUGAUCUGGACAUAGAAGAGGAAGAGGUGGAGAUUGAAAAAGCUGAAAUAUAUUUAUCAAAGAUUGAGAGGCGUAUACGAGAUUACAAAAUCGAAGAAUUGAAUCCACUGAGAGAAAAUAAAAAGCUUUUGGUGUUGGACAUUGAUUAUACGCUGUUUGAUCAUAGAUCGGUGGCUUCGAGCGGUGCUGAGCUGAUGCGACCAUAUUUGCACGAGUUUCUGACACGUGCUUACGUCAAUUACGAUAUAGUUGUGUGGUCGGCGACUAAUAUGAAAUGGAUAAAUGAAAAGAUGAAAUUGCUUGGUGUUUCGAGACAUCCGGACUACAAAAUAGCAUUUCAUCUUGAUUCAUUGGCAAUGAUAUCAGUCCGCACACCCAAAUACGGUGUUGUGAAUGUGAAGCCUCUUGGUAUUAUUUGGGGAAGAUACAAACAAUUCAGUCCAAAAAAUACGAUUAUGUUUGACGACAUAAGAAGGAAUUUCAUCAUGAAUCCACAGUCCGGUCUAAAAAUAAGACCAUUCAGGGAAGCUCAUUUGAAUCGUGACACCGACAAAGAAUUGCUCAAACUUUCUGACUACCUCGAGCUCAUUGCCAAAGUCGAUGAUUUUCAAACGUUAAAUCACCGCAAGUGGGAAGAUUAUAGAAGUAAAAAACAUCGUCGUGAUGGCAGAAGUGAAAGAGAUGGCAAUCAGAAUAUAUAGUUAACAAGAGCUGAAUGCAAUUUUUUACUUUUAUGGAGAAACACACGGCUAUGAAAAUCCACGUGUACGGUAAAACGCGACUGUCAUCAAAACGCCAAGAAAGCUCAUCCAAUUGCAGCAGAGAAAAAGAUAACAAAAGGAUACAAGAACAAAAUAGUCGUCGGUGAUCCAAUUUUUUGUGAAACUUAGCGACCAACGAUAGAUCAAAUUUUUCUACCUUCGAAGAUGAAAACGAAUGGAAGGGGGUUCUCAAAUGCACGAAUGUGCAUUGUUAACUUCUAUGUUUCUUCUUUCUUCCUCGCCUCUGAGAAAUGAGGAGUGAAAAUGAACAGUUUACGCACUUAGCGUUUUACAUCUUCAUUGUCGGAUAAUGCAACAUUUUUAAAAUUCUUCUGUUGCCUCCGUUGCCCGAAGCCUGGCAUAAAAACUUUUUCUACAUUCAAUUCCGUGAUUUCAUAUACAACCAGAAAAUAUCGAUUUUUGUCCAAAUUGCAAAAAGAUCAGAAAAGGAAGAAAUACUUUGGACGGUGUGGAAGAGAGAGAGAUAUAACAAUGAAUGAGUUUGCAGUAGGUUUUCACGCGACCUCGCUCAAUCGAGCCUUCGCACGACUGUGAUUAGAAAUAACUGGCAAAAUGUUCGUAAUAAAGUCAUUUGAAAUCGCG